ACCAUCGGAUUUUGACGUCGUCGCCAGUUGUCGCAACGCACCAUAAUCCCGCAGUCGUUAGCUACCUCGUUCGCCGGGCCAACGCGGACUUUUACAAGGCUUUCGCCCGUUUUCUGUUUCUUUCCCUCAUUCCGGAAUCUUGUCUUUUCGUGGUCUUUCUUCUUUGCAAGCUUGGAUCGCCUUCGUGGUUGUUCCGGCGUUGUUGUUCUCUACGAACCGCUCGAUCGUAUAUCUGUCUCGCUUCAUUAUCACCAUGGUAGAGCUUCGAGCUGCGACGUACAUCAUAUUGAUUUCACAGUAACUCUCAGAAGUCUCUCGCAAGCACGUUCCUUUUGCUCAUUGGCAAUCAUGUCUUUCUUCGGCUUCGACACGUCGGGCCACAACAAAGGCGCCCCCGGGUUCUCGCAAGCCCACGACCCGUUCGCCGGCCUUGGUCAGGACUCAAGUGGUGAAGCGCUCGAUUUCGAUGAUACUUAUGACGGGCUUGGAGACCAACUGGAUGAGACGGACGAUGCGUUCAACGAUGACACCUUUGGUGGAGGUGACUCCACUGACAAGAAGGUGGGAAAGGACUUUGAUUUCUUCGGCCAGACCGCCAAAGUCGCCAACGCCAUCGAUGAGGAACACAUGAGGUACAAUCGCAGCCAGCCUACUCAGAGACCUGCGCAGCCCAUCCCCGAGUACCAGUAUUCCAUGCAGCAGCAGUCCGCCCCACGGCCAGUUCGCUCAGGCUAUGAGAAGUACAAGGAGUCGGAGCCAGUUCCCGACAUGCAGGUUGACGCUGCGCUCUGGGGCGUGGCGCCCAAGAAGCAAGCAUCUCAGGCGCCUGCUCCUAUUCCUGUUGCAAGUGCUAGUCGCAAGAUGAUGAGCCUGGAGGAAGUUGAGGCUUCUAUGCGAGCUCAAUCAAGCCAGCCGUCAGAGUUUGCUGCACCAGGAUCUUACCCAGGUCAUGGCCAGCUUGCCCACCAAGGCUUUCUCCCUCAGCAGGGCGCCGACUAUCUGUACGCUCAACAGCAACAGGUUCGCCAUGUGCCUUCCCCCACCGCGCAUCUCCAACAUGGUCAAGGGCAGCCGUCGUUGGCGAUCCUUCAAAGACCGCAGUCCAGGUCGCCAGCCGAUUCCAUGCCGCAUGGUCUUCCCCAAGGCCUUGCGCCCCAACAGCAACGCCAUGCUCAAGCCCACCGUCAGCCCUCUCCUCAGGGCCCAUCGACCAAGCCUAUGCAGAUCCUUCAGAACCCCAAUCGUCAUCCUGGAGAUAAUGUGAGGCUUGGUUCCCAGCCAAACCACCAAGGGCAUAGACAACAAAACUCUUUCUCGCAGACUGGUAUUCUUACGCACCCCUCGCAGCUGUCCCAGCUCAGCGACGAAGAGAAGAAUGCGUAUCUGGAGGCUGAGGCACGCCGAGCAAAGCGAAACCACAAGAUCUUCAUGCUUUCCAAGGACAACGGUUUGAUGACUCCCCAGGACAAGAACUUCAUCACGAGAAUCCAGCUGCAACAACUGGUUGCUGCUACCGGUAAUCCCAUGGAUCAAGGAGCAGAUGACCACAUCGCAGAGGAUUUCUACUACCAGGUUCACAGUCAAAUUCGCGGUGGACACCGUCAGCAUCCCGGGCAGCCUCUCAACAACUUUGCGCAGACCUACUUGUACCAGACAGGCAGCCGUCAAGCUGGUGCGCGCCGACACAACCGCGGGCCCGAAAACCACGUUCAGCGGAUGGAGCAGCAGGUUCAGCGAGCCGUGGAAGCGGCCAAGAGCAAGCCCAAGAACAAGCAGCUCGUCAUCGAGGGUAGUCUGGGAAAGAUAUCCUUCAGCAAUGCCAAAACGCCAAAGCCUUUACUCAACAUCAAACGUACCGAUAGCGCCUCUGACGCAAAUCGCCCUGGUAGCUCGCAUAAAGCACCUUCACAUUCGGCAAUCAUCAACCGGAAGACGGUUUUGAGUGAUAUUGAGAAGGUUUACGAAACAUUGAUGAGGAUGGAGGACCACGACCGCAAGAUGCCGCCUCCCAAUGAUUCGUCGGAUCCUGAGCUCGUUCGGGUUCAAAUGGAGUGGCAGCAGGGUGCAGCUCAGCUGAACAAUCAGCUUUGGACCAACCUCAAGGUUCACGAGCCCAUUGGAGCCACAGCAAUCCACCCCUUUAUUGCGUUUCUCUCAUACCCCAAGGGCAAGAAGGCUUUACCUCGCGUAUUCCGCCACAUUUCGUACGAGCAGCGGUGCACCAUUUUGACCAUGAUCGUUGUUCACUUGGACAAGAUUGAUGUUGUUCGUGACGCCGCAACAGACGCUGGCGAGACGCUUUUGAAUGCAGCUCUGCGCGAGAACAUUGAGCUAUUUUCCGUCGCUGUGAUGAGCACUCUGUUCAACUUCAUGAAUGAGCUCAACCUGGACAUCGUAACGGGCGUUCUUGGUAUUAUCUCAGGUCUCAGCGUGGAUACUAUUGCGCGUACCAGGAUUGGUGCUUCCAUGCUCACUAUGAUCCUUAGCCGAGCCGAAAUUCUCAAGCAAGGCGGAGCUCCCCAACAACUUAUCGAGCAAUGGAACAACACGUACAACAAUUUCUUCACGCUUCUGGAACCUACUUUGCCACGAAUCUUCCCUGGCUCCGUGAACUCGGGCCAGGACAUUUACGUCUGGCAGCUCCUUGCCGCCCUUGGCAUUGGAGCAAACCAAGACCAGCAGCAGCGGCUUGUGCUGGGCGUCAAGGACCGUGUCAUGGAUACCGUUGCGCUGUCCAAGACGCUGCCACAGGACAUGGCUCAAGCCCGACUUCAAAAUGUUAAUCUUUUCAUGCGUUCAAUCGGUCUGGACGUCGAGUUGCUGGUUUGAAAGCUUUGAGCGGCGUCCUUUGUUUCUCAGCAAUCUCAUCAACCGGCCCAAAUAUUUGAGCAUGACCGGUUUGUUUGAGUAACAGUCGACGGGCAGAUGAAUGACCCUUCGGCAUCCUGACUCGUGUCAGUGGCCAAUGCAGGGUCCGGCGGUGAUCUCAUGCGACUAUGAAGCAGGAAGAUCACAUUAAGAUGCUCCGCAAAGCUUCAUAUAGCUGAUCUGCGGAUGCAGAAGUUAUGGGAAGGCAGAUGCAAGAAGCAUGUAGCCACCGAGAAGCCAAUGAUGAGAAGAAGUGGUUGUGUCACUUGAUAAUGAGAAUCUGGUUCGUUGGAGAUUUACAAGAGCCAUGCCUCAAAUGAUAUGAUAUGGACCUGGUUGGCCUAUGGGGUAGACUUUGGGGAUCUUGUAUUUAAUGUUUGGUGUCUGGUGGUAUCCAGCAUGGCCGGGUGCAAAAGGAAACGGCGUGAUUGGGAAGCAAGUGACAGCGGUUGACAGAAAUAUGGCAGCCUUUGAGCGGGUUUGGAGAAUGAAUUAAGUUACAAUGACUAAAGUUUACCGUUAUGCUGAAUCGUGAGGCUGUCAAGUCCUCGCUUA